AAGCCAUAUAUAUUCAAUAGGCUUGUCUGUCCCAAGCCAAUCUAUUCGAUACCAUCCAGAAUUCCUCAUUUCAGCCACGAUUCUCUGUUGUGUAAGAGAGACUCUCCGCUUCUUGUUCGCCAAAAUCACCAUAAGAGAAGAAUCAAGAAGCCAAACCCAAACCCAAACGUUACACGCCUUCCUACGCGAUGUGGUGAUCGUGAUUCCUUCAAAGAGAGAUUGGUAACCGCCAUGUCAAGAACAUCUUUGAUUCGGCGUCUAGCUCCAUUUUUCGCUGCUCGAAUCCGCCAGAACCACCGUCUUCUCAGCUCCUCCUCCGCUUCUGCGCUCCGCGAAGCUGUUUCUUCCUCCUCUCCUUCAUCUGAUUCCGUUCAAUUGACGGAAAAUUGCAUCCAGAAAAUGAGAGAACUACAAGCUGGUGAAGAAUCAUCCGGUGAAAAAAUGCUUCGCUUGAGUGUAGAAACUGGUGGAUGUUCUGGGUUCCAGUAUGCUUUCAACAUAGAUGAUAAAACCAACGCAGACGACAGGGUUUAUGAAAGGGAAGGAGUUAAACUGCUGGUCGAUAACAUUUCAUAUGAUUUUGUGAAAGGAGCAACCGUCGAUUAUGUUGAUGAAUUGAUCCGUUCUGCUUUCGUAGUGGUAGAAAAUCCAAGUGCAGUGGGUGGGUGCAGUUGUAAAAGUUCUUUCAUGGUGAAACAGUAAUUCGUGCAGUAAAAUCUGGAUUAACCGGCAAGGAUAACUUCCAAUACUUGAUUGAAGUAUGAUUUGUUACUUGUGGCAAUCGACAAUCGUCGACUUCAUAAUUCUCAAUGAAUUACAACAUGAUAUGAUAUGCCGAAGAACCAAGCUGCUGGAGUAUGACGGGCGGAGGGAAUUUCCGGUGGAGCGGUGAAAAACGUAGAGAUUAGCAAGAACCCUAAUGGCAAAAACACACAUUUUGUUCGGUUUGACACUGACAUUGAAAGACGAAAAUUGAAGAAGUGAAUGGAAUUAGAUACCCGGUAGUCUUAGCUUUAAACGACGGAUACUAAACAUUGCAUGUAUGAAAAACAAUUUCUUUCAACCCUUCACUUUUUUAUUUUUAAACCAUUUUUUUUUGUUAACA